CACAGUGAGCCACAGUACAGAUACCUGGUGGAUCUGUAUCGCUGCAGGAGAAACAGAAAUGUUUGCAGACAAGCGACGGCUGCUGCUGUUGCGAGCUCGAGCUGAACUGAGCAUCUGUGCCUUUAAAGACUUGUAAGUUGCGCCUCUUAUCACAGUCAACUUCACACAACGAGUAGAGUAGUAGAGAGACCUUAAACCAGAGAGGCACUGGCUCACCUUCACAGCGAGACCCAUGGAAUAAUCACUAUGGAAUACCACUGGAUACUGCUGGCUGUGUUUUUACACUUAACCUUCCAUCCAGGCAACACCAGGCCCACCGUCUCCCCCGUCGGACCCCACCUUGUCGUCCCGCUCGCCACGCCCUUCGAGCUGCGUUGCCAGGGCGAGAAGGAGAUGCAGUGGCAGCGGGAGGACCGGCUGAAGGUGCGGGGAGAGAAAAAGGUCACCGGGAUGUCCACGCUGCACAUCUCCAGGGCUCAGCCCGUCCACAUGGGCCGCUACAUCUGCCUGGAGGAGAGCACCAGGGAGAAAACUUCCAUCUACGUCUUCGUGAAAGAUCCUGACAAUCCUUUCAGAAAAUCAAUGGUGUUCAGCAUUCUCACUCGUGUGGGAGACAAUGCUUCCAUCUCCUGCCUGGCAACCGAUCCAAGUCUGGACAACCUGCGCCUGGAAACGUGCUCCGGUAGAGCGCUGGCCUCUGGUCUCCAGUAUACUGCGAGCCUGGAGCAAGGCAUCGUCAUCCACAACACACAAAAGGCCUACGAAGGUUGCUAUGUGUGCUCGGGAAGACUCAGUGGAGACAGCGUCCGAUCACAUGACUACUCCCUGACAGUAAAACCAGUCGCGGUUGCUCCUCCCGUGAUCGAGAUGCAGGCGACCAAACGAGUGAUUCUCACCCGGGACGAGAGUCUCUCCCUCACCUGCAACACCACCAACGUCAACGGAGAAAUCACACUAAAGUGGGUCACCCCGCCCGGCUCGGGUGCCGUCUGGUAUCCACAGCAACCAACAAAGGUUGACACAGCUUCGCGUAUCCUGACGGAGAACUUCACUCACGUGCGCAGCGCCACAUUGCACACCGUGGCGGUCGGACCUCAGGACGUUGGGCGGUACCAGUGUGAAGCUAAGAAUGAGAGAGGGGUCAGCUCGCAGUCAGUGUGGCUCGAUGUUUAUGAAAAAGGAUUCAUCAACGUAAAACCCACAAUCAACGAAACCAUCCAUGUCCGUUCAGGCGAGAAUUUGCCCCUAAACGUUGAGAUGGAGGCUUAUCCGAAGCCGCACACGUUCUCCUGGAGCUUCAUGGGCCACCAGCUGAGGAACACCUCCGACCAUGUCAUCACCACUCACAGCCACGAGUACAAGUACAGCAGCGAGCUGAGGCUGGUGCGACUGAAAAUGUCAGAGAGUGGAGUUUACACCUUUCAGGCCUCCAACGGUGACGCUUCAGUGAACCACACAUUCACCAUCUUUGUGAUCAGUAAACCUGAGAUUGUGUCUCAUGAGGGCCCGGUGGACGGACAGGUGCGCUGUGUGGCGGAGGGCUUCCCUGCUCCGCAGAUCACCUGGUACUACUGCGAGCAGCCCUACUCCAGGUGCUCCCAGCAGGUGAACGCCACCCAGGAGGAGCACAAUGUCAUCACCGUCACGCUGUUCAGCCCCAUGUUCGGGAAGACGGAGGUGGAGAGUCGGGUGAACGUGAGCCGGGGGCGGUUCAGCACUCUGGAGUGUGUGGCCACGGUGGAGGGAGAGCAGGCCUACACGCUGUUUUCUAUCAGCGAGAGGACUGUUCCCCAUGAUCUGUUCACCCCUCUGCUGAUUGGCUCCGUAUCAGCAGCAGGCAUCCUCUGUCUCGUCCUCAUCAUGCUCUUCUACAAGUACAUGCAGAAACCCAAAUACCAGAUUCAGUGGAAAGUUAUCGAAGGCAUCCAUGGAAACAACUAUGUGUACAUUGACCCCACCCAGCUACCGUACGAUCACGAGUGGGAGUUCCCUCGAAACAACUUGCGUUUUGGGAAGACACUGGGAUCUGGUGCAUUUGGGAAAGUGGUGGAAGCCACCGCGUAUGGCCUCUCUGAAGCAGAUUCGGUCAUGACGGUGGCUGUGAAAAUGCUCAAAUCGAGCGCUCAUGCCACGGAGAAAGAGGCACUGAUGUCGGAGCUGAAAGUCCUCAGUUACCUGGGAAACCACAUGAAUAUCGUCAACCUGCUGGGAGCGUGCACUGUUGGAGGCCCGACACUGGUGAUAACAGAGUACUGCUGCUUCGGAGACCUCCUUAACUUUCUACGCAGGAAGAGGGAAUCCUUCAUCUGCUAUAAGCUGGAGGAAGACUGCUACUACCGCAACGUCAUGCCGCAGAGAGACGCAGCUGGUGACAGCUUUAACGGCUACAUGACCAUGAGGCCUUCUGCUGCUGGCAACCCGCCGUUCGGCUCGUCCUCCGAGAAGAGACGCUCACUACGCAAAGGUGGCUCCUCUGAAGCAGACGCAGAGAGCGAGAAGUUUGACGAGGACGGUCUGUCUCUGGACACCGAAGACCUCCUCAGCUUCUCGCACCAAGUGGCCAAAGGCAUGGAGUUUUUGGCCGCCAAAAAUUGUAUCCACAGAGACCUGGCUGCCAGAAAUAUCCUCCUGACUCAAGGAAGAGUAGCAAAGAUCUGUGACUUUGGCCUGGCCCGAGACAUCAACACGGACUCCAACUACGUGGUCAAAGGCAACGCUCGUCUGCCGGUGAAGUGGAUGUCUCCAGAAAGUAUCUUCGAGUGCGUGUAUACAUUUGAGAGUGACGUGUGGUCAUAUGGCAUCUUGCUUUGGGAAAUCUUCUCGCUAGGAAACAGUCCUUAUCCCGGCAUGCCUGUGGACGCCAAGUUCUACAAACUGAUAAAAGAAGGAAACAGAAUGGAUGCUCCAGAGUUUGCACCCAGCGAAAUGUAUCAGAUUAUGAGAUCCUGCUGGGACGCUGACCCCUUCAACAGACCCCCCUUCAGGAAAGUCGUGGAAAGGAUCGAACAGCAGCUGUCAGAUGCCACGAAGCACAUUUAUCUGAACUUCAGCUGCAGGCCUCCUGUGACGCCCAGAGCCAGGGAGGAGCCCAGUCCUCGGAGCGCCGCGCUUCACCGUCUGAACUCAGCCGGCACCAGCAGCGCUCCGACUCUGACCCAGCCCUUACUGGUCCAGCACGAGGUCUUCCUGGAGGGGACGACCCUCAGAGCCCACCGGGUGUAAGGACCCACCCAACCUGUCUGGCUGCCUCAUAAAGUGCCUGUAAUGUUCCGCCACAAACCACCCAACCACUACACCCGCCCGCCUUCCCGGUACCGGCAGCAUUUGUUGUCGCGUGUUGCAGACGAAUGGUAAUCGCCAUCUAUUACCAGAAACAACAAAGGACGAAUGGCUCUUAUCAUUAUCUCUUCUAUUGCCUGCUGAUUACAGGGAGGACAGUUGGACUAAUGCUCCCCUGCUCAAAAACAAAGAACUGUUCAGGCACCGGGAAGGUGGAGGGACUUCAACCGUUACUCUAACACUGUCAUUCAGUACAUUAUGACAAUGUUUUGUUAUUUUUCAGUUACAUUUUUUUUUCUUCCAUUUCAUAAAGGUCGUUUUGUUUCUUUCUAUCCAUUGGAGAUUUUUUCUUUUUACAUUUUGUGUUUUGUUAUUCUUUGUUGUUUUUCUGAUAUUUAUGUAGCGUUUUUAUUUUUUGGUUGGCUGUUGCAAUUGUUGGAGAAAAAGCACUUGAGGCACUUGAACUUCACAUCAUUACAUUCACCACAUAAUGCAGCUUUUUUUACUCUUUUAUUGUCAGUAUUAUUUCCAACUGUUCAGAUCUAUGUUGAUAUGAAGGAGAUACUUUUCGGGGGCCAAUUUAAAUAUAGAUAUCGAGACACUGGUAUAUAAGCUAUUAGACGGCAUGGUCGGCCAUGCUUUAGAGUCCAUAAGUGCUUCAAGUCGAUUAGGAAAUACAUUUCUGCUCUUUUUUAUGUUGGACGUUGCUACCUAGAGAGCAGCUAACUGGAUCUGUUAACACAUUACAUAGAUCAGCCCACGGUUACUUCACACACACAGUUGUCUUCAGAGAUAUGGUAUAGCAGCUCAGUCACACAGCAGUUUGUGAAAUAGUCACAAAAUUUGAUGUAUUGAUUUGUGUACAUAGACACGAAUUUCACAUUUCUUUCGUGAUGGUCAGCACAAAAUGAAUUUGCAUGUAAUCCACGUAA